GGGGAAAUCAAGAUUUCUCCAGUGACUUCCAGCAAGAGCGGCUCUCUGUGGGCGACGGCGUUUCCGCGAUAGAGACGCCGCGGGCUAGAGCGUACCGACGCUUCUUUCGGACUGACUCGCAUUAUGGUGCGGUUUAAAAACCGAUCUUCAAGGUUCUGAAUCGGUCCUUGCCUGGCUCUACCUGACAAGGGCAGGAAUUGAUGCCACUGUCUGCGGCUGUCACCUCAGCUGUUAAAACAUCUGUUUACAUGUGCCUAUCAAAUUCUGGAAAGAACAGAGCGCAUAGGUAUUUCCUGUGUGAGAUCAUCUCCGAAGACCCUCGCUGUCGGCAGUUCAUUGAGGAGCGCAUAGUGCACAAUGCGGUGAAGAAUGCAGUUGCAAGAAUACAUGGAGACUUUGGAGUCGCCUGUUGCUCUAUUGCUUUUUCAGUAAAAUACCUGAAUGCUUACACGGGAGUGGUUCUCUUCUGCUGCCGGAAAGAUUUUUAUCAGCUUCUGUGGUCAUCCCUUCCUUUUAUUACCCACUUAGAAAAUAGGAGCCAACACUGCCCCUGCUCUUUUAACACACUUCAUGUUGGAGCAACAAUACGGUCCAGUCAGAAAUUCCUCAUUCAGUACAACAGGGAUCAGCUGCUGCUGCUGUUACGGAACUGUACCAAUGAAGCCAAUAGAGAAGCCAUCCGGAAGUCGGUCCAGAGCUGUGUGCUUGUGGGAGUGGAGCAGUUCCAGAGUGAAGAGAGUGAUGAGAACCUGGAGAUGGACUGAACUACAUCACCCCUGAAGUGCUUAGGCAAGGGGUGCCUCUCAAGGGCAAGGAUCAGUACCUUUUCUCCAUUAUACAUAUUUACAGAGUUUUACACAUCUUUUAUAAAAGUAGCUGAAGCUAUGUGUGUAUUGUACCAAUCUCUCUCCCCACCCCCAAUCUCUCUGCUCGUUUGCUCAAGGGCAGAGGAGGGGAGGGAAGCCUUUGACCCAUAGGAAAACCACAAGGGCUGGACACUGGGUGGAAUUUAUGGUGUGGCGUAAUGGUGCCAUCCUUCGGUCUCCUCAGUGCAAGCACAUAGAAGAGCUACUGUACUUUCAGAGGAGUGAACCGGAGGCUGUUUUCUAAGAAUGGAUUUAGCAUAUUUGCUGGAAAAUGUUAAGACCAUGAAUGUACGCAGACAGGCCAUGGUGGGGUCACUGGUGGAUUUGCAGAGUGCAGUUAGCAAGUGCUGCAAAGAUAGCAGUCCGGGCAGCAAAUGGUCAUGGUUGGCAGCACCCAACAGCCCACAGAGCAAGCAAAAUGGUACCCCUCCUUCUCUGAUAGGAGCAGCAAAACGCUACCCGAGUGAAAUUCCCAUCAACAAGCAAUAGCAAACCCAGAAGCAGCUUGUUUGGGAUGGAACUAGCAACAGUUAACAAGGUCUGUACAUUCUUGUACAUUUUCUCUUUUUUUUUGUAUCAUUCUGAUAAUUUUAUACUGUAGUUGGGUUAUUUUGAGGGCAUAUUAUGAACGAACACUGUAAUUCUUUGUAUAAUACAGUUCUAAGGGGCUAAACAAUGAA